UCGCCUUUAUUUAUGUGUAGAAAAAUGCUUGGUACGUAAAACGGUGAUCUGUAUUGCGUAAUUGCGUCUUCCAAGGAGCGUGAUUGUAUAUGUACGAGUUGAAAUAAUGAUCGUUGACGUAAAAUGUUACUAACGAUUGUUAACCCGUUGCACUCUCUCGUAGCACACAUAAAGGAUUUCGCUUAUGCAUAACAAAAUGUCGGCAGUCGCCUCGAUAUCGCUUCCCUAACACAUUGUCCAUACCGGUCAGCUAAAAGCGUGCAAUUAAGUUCACUCGCGCUGACAAUGGCUCGGAGAAUAAAACGCUUUAUUUGCGGCGCAGGAGAAAUGCUCCUAAGGAUCGUUAGACGCUUUCUGCAAAUUAUCCGUAGAUUGCUCUGUAGAGGAUUGAAUGCUACAACUGAAAACAUGCAACGACGCUCUUCGUCACCGGCGCGCCCCGCCGCGCUCGCCGAGCAAACGAGAGUUCUAACUGUGAACAAUGGGGAACACCUGGACGGGAUAUUGUACAGAUUGAAGAAAGGUUGGAUAGUUGAGUUUCGACUCGGGGCCUCCCUGCUUGGCAAAACGCUCGAUGUUUUUAUCAAUCAUCCGUUGUCGGCCGACAAGAAAUUUGAGAGGCACACUUAUUACCAGUUGCAAUGGGUUGACGAGUCGGCGAGGAUACAUCUAACUUUGCCUGGGUCUUUCCAUUAUUAUGUCACUGAUCAAGUCGAGGGGCAUAUAAAGCCCGUCGCGUCCGGAUACUUGCUGGUGGAUCCCGAGUUGAAAGUAGGUGAGCACGGGGAGAAACUACCUCUGGACUGCAUUCAAGUUCAAACUGUUCUGGCAAAGAGUUUAGGAUCUCUGUCCACGUGGGAGAGCAAAUUGCUGGUGGCACGAAAUUCUGGAUACAACGCAAUCCAUUUUACGCCGAUACAGGAAUUGGGAAAUUCGAUGUCGUCGUACAGCCUGAAGGAUCAAUCCAAGCUCAAUCCCGCGUUCAAUGACAAUAAUAAGAUAAUUACUUAUCGCGACAUCGAAACAUUUACGAAUAAAAUGCGAACCGAGUGGAAGAUGUUGAGCAUAUGCGAUAUUGUUCUGAAUCACACGGCGAACGAGAGUCCUUUCCUGGUUUCUCACCCGGAAUGCACGUACAAUUGCGUCAACAGCCCUCAUUUACGUCCGGCGUAUAUUUUGGAUGCGGUAUUGUUUGAAUUAACAACCCAAGUGGCCUCCGGAGAAUGGGAAUUUAGAGGUAUCCCCACCGUAGUUGACACCGAGGAUCAUCUAAACGCGAUCCGUCAUGCCCUCCACACACAUUUCUUGCCGUUGGUGAAGAUACACGAGUUGUACGUCGUCGAUGUCAAUGAAGUUGUAUCGGAUUUCUUGAAUUCGGCGCGCAACGAGAUGCCGCAGGACGUGAAUAACGCGACGGCCAAGGACAUCGCGGUGAUUCAAGAUCCCGCCUUUCGUCGAUUGAAGUCGGCCGUAGAUAUGCAGCUUGCCCUAAGGAAAUAUAAUACGUACAGAGCUGAUUGUUUCGACGAGGAGACUCGUUUGAAACGAUGCGCGGAGGACUUGAAGAAGAAAUUGCAAGAACUCAACGAAGUUAUUACCAACGAGGUGCAAAACCAUCUGAACGCUGCCGUCGAGAAUAGUAUUGCAGGCAUGAGAUACUUCCGUGUGCAAUCCGAUGGUCCAAGAAUUACGGAGAUUAGCGAGAAGAAUCCUCUUGUUUCCAGGUACUUCACCGAUUAUGGAGCACCUAAAUCUUUAACGGAAAGAGAAAACGUAAUGUACUCGGACAACGGAUGUUACCUCAUGGCUCACAAUGGUUGGGUCAUGAAUGGCGAUCCUUUGAAAAAUUUCGCGGAGCCUGAUUCUAACGUGUACAUUCGAAGGGAGCUUAUCGCCUGGGGAGAUAGCGUGAAACUCAGAUAUGGGCAGAAACCAGAGGAUUGUCCUUUCUUGUGGCAGCAUAUGGUGGCUUACGUAGAACAAACAGCGCAGACAUUCGACGGUGUUCGAUUAGACAAUUGCCAUUCCACGCCGAUCCCCGUUGCUGAGUACAUGCUUGACGCUGCACGACAAGUCCGCCCAGAUCUUUACGUUGUCGCAGAAUUGUUCACAAACUCUGAUCAGAAAGACAACAUCUUUGUAAAUCGCCUCGGCAUCACGUCAUUGAUAAGAGAAGCUAUGUCUGCGUGGGAUAGCCAUGAAGAAGGGAGAUUGGUGUACCGGUACGGAGGGGAGCCAGUUGGAGCAUUCCUGCAGUCACGAAAACGGCCGUUAGUGCCGAGCAUAGCUCACGCCCUGUUCCUGGAUGUGACCCACGAUAAUCCCAGUCCGGUGGAGAAACGAAGUAUCUUUGAUCUACUCCCGAGCGCUGCGCUUGUAUCGAUGGCGUGCUGUGCCAGCGGCAGCAGUCGCGGAUACGACGAAUUAGUGCCUCAUCAUAUACACGUGGUGGAUGAGAAAAGGCAGUACGCUUCCUGGUCACACGACGACUCGGCGGACGACGUCAAGUUCGUUAACUCGAAAACCGGAAUAAUCGCAGCUAAAAAGGCAUUGAACGACCUGCAUUACAUGCUUGGCCAACAAGAAUUUUUGCAAGUAUUUGUUGAUCAAAUGGAUACCGACAUAGUGGCUGUAACGAGGCACUCGCCGACUAGUCACGAGAGUGUAGUUCUGGUUGCGUUCACUGCAUUUAAACAUCCGGAUUCGAACGCUCAUGAUCUGCGAAGGCAUGUAAAACCACUGAGAGUGGAGGGUAUAGUGGAGGAAAUUAUUUUAGAAGCCUCGCUCUCACACGUUGAUGCCAGAGAUGGCAAGCCGCUUUUCCUUCUGCCUCAGAAGUACAUAAUGGACGAAAACGUCAUAAAUGGAUUGUCCGAGUAUACGUUGAGCCUGAAACAGCACAUACAAUGUUGCGAUUCGACGAUAAUCGAGAAGGUCGAUUCCGGCGAUCCGAAGAUCACGCAGCUUAACUUCGUCAACUUUCAACCCGGUUCCGUUAUAGCUAUACGGGUGGCCCUCCACGCGAAUAUAACUCCUGCUUUAAUGAAGCUCCAAGAUACCAUCUCGCAGAUUACUUCCAACGAGAGAUCAGACUUACAUGAUAUAGUUUCCCGCAUGGACUUCUCGGAUUUGAAUAAAACGUUAUACAGAUGCGACCAGGAGGAACGAGAGGAAACUCUGGGCAAAUUCGGAGUAUACAAUGUGCCGGGAUACGGACCUUUCGUAUAUGCCGGGCUGCAAGGCAUUAUAUCCUUACUGGCCGACAUUCGUCCAAAUAACGACCUGGGACAUCCCCUGUGUGCCAAUCUUAGGCAGGGUAACUGGUUGAUAGAUUACGUAUGGCAGCGUCUGAAAGAAGAUGACGGCACUAAACCCCUUGGAGUGUGGUUUGAGCAAGCUAUGGAACCGUUCCAGUUAAUCCCGAGAUACCUUGUGCCAAGUUACUUUGACGUUAUAAUCGUAAACGUUUAUAGGAUUCUUUUAGACCACUGCUACAGUCUGAUGUCCAACUUCAUCAAGAAUGGAACUACAUUCGUGAAAUUACUGAGCUUGGUCUCGGUUCAAGUGGGUGGCGUAGUAAGGUCGUCGCAAUUGCCGAAUUUGUCGCCGGGUCUCAGCCCACCCAAGCCCAAAACUAAAAUCCACGACGGUGUGGCCGAGCAAAUGUGUUUAACGUUGUCGGCAGGUUUGCCGCACUUCACGACGGGUUACACGAGAAAUUGGGGUAGAGAUACCUUCAUCGCUCUGAGGGGACUGUUACUUCUGACGGGCAGGCAUGUCGAGGCGAGAUACAUAAUCCUUGGAUUCGCUGGUACCUUGCGACACGGUCUCAUGCCUAAUCUACUCGAUAAAGGGAGCAAUGCGAGGUACAAUUGCCGCGAUGCUCUAUGGUGGUGGCUCUACACCAUAAAAUGUUACACCGAGGAAGUACCGGACGGUUUGAAUAUCCUUUCCGACAAAGUCUCAAGAUUGUUCCCGACUGACGAUUCGCCAGUUUUGCCAGCAGGACAACAUGAUCAACCGCUGCACGAAGUAAUUCAGGAAGCUCUCGCAGUACAUUUUCAAGGUCUCUGCUUCAGAGAGAGAAACGCCGGGAGACAGAUCGAUGAGCACAUGACCGAUCGCGGAUUCAACAAUCAAAUCGGCGUCCAUCCCGAAACCGGCUUUGUGUUCGGCGGCAACGAUGCCAAUUGUGGCACCUGGAUGGACAAAAUGGGAUCUUCCGAGAAAGCUGGUAACAAAGGCAAACCGGCUACCCCCAGAGACGGCUCCGCCGUAGAGAUAGUCGGGCUGAGCAAAUGCAUUAUCACUUAUCUGGCUGAAUUGUAUAAGCAAAAUCUCUUCCCGUACGGUAGCGUCCAACGGAAGAGUCGCGACGGCAACACAAUAACCUGGAGUUAUAAACAGUGGGCCGAUAAAAUUCAAGCGAACUUCGAGAGGUACUUUUAUGUGAACGAGAUUCCGAUUCAGGGCGAGUUGAAGCCCAAUUUGAUCCAUCGGCGAGGUAUAUUGAAGGACAGUUACGGAGCGACGCAAGAAUGGGCGGAUUAUCAGUUGCGGCCUAACUUUCCUAUCGCGUUGGUUGUUGCGCCGGAACUGCUUAAUCCCCAUCACGCCUGGACAGCGCUGAAGAAAGCGGAGGAGAUACUACUAGGCCCGCUAGGAAUGAAGACGUUAGAUCCUGCGGACUGGGCCUAUGACGGGUUUUAUGACAAUUCCAACGACGGUACCGAUCCCAAGGUAGCGCAGGGAUGGAAUUAUCAUCAGGGACCGGAAUGGGUCUGGCCGAUAGGAUACUUCCUGCGAGCGCGUCUGCACUUUGCGUCGUUAAUCGACGAUACGGACGCGUUGCGCCGUACGAUCGAUUCGACCGAAACUAUUAUCUCGCAGCACUUCAUCGAGGCGUCCACCAACCAAUGGCGAGGCCUCCCCGAGCUUACCAACAAGGACGGAAGUUACUGCAAGGACAGUUGUCGCACCCAAGCGUGGAGUGCGUCGGUUAUAUUAGAGGUACUCUACGACUUGCAGAAGAUCAAACGGGAAUUGCGAAUGAUAUCCGAGAAUUGAUAUCACUUUGCGUGUGUUCACCACCGUCAGCUACAUUUAGAGCAAUUAAAAUUAGAAGCGAAACGUAGUAGUGCCAGGAGCCGAGCGAAUGACACGAGUGUGAGCCUUCCCACCGGAGCAAUAGCGACACCGCGCGCACCGGAAACACACGCAUAUUGUAUCCCGCACGUAGGUACAACAGACACGCAAACCCAAUCUGUAGUCGCUGCUGAUAGUACAAGGAACGAUAUUCUAAUUGCCGCCGACGAAGGAUCGAGCUCUGCGAUCGAGAGACUACGCGAUGACACAAAUUUCACUAGCCCUUCCUCUCGUUGCACCGGCGAUUCGAGAGGGAUUCCAUCAGAUGCGAGAGAUGAGGUACAUUCUGAUAGCGAACGAAAAGCAGAGGAUUACGAUCAACGGCAGGCGAUGAUGGAAAACAACGAAGCUACCGUUCGAGCCUUAUCGAAUGUUGGUCACGUUUACGAAGAAAUUAGAGCGAUGAAGGAGCCACGCGGCAGUUUAUAUGAAUACGACAUUCGAAAUUACUACGAGGAAUACAGCUCCGCUACCGCGAAGACCUUGAUAGACACGCUUUUCCUGCCGCGACACGCAAUUUGCGUGGAGUGCGCGAGAACGAAGGGCAGUCCGGUAUACACCGAUCGUUUGAUAUACACGAAAGAGUCGUUGCUCGCCGUAGAGGUGGUUCUGUGUCAACGCGACGACGUUUCGUGCUUCGAGUACUCGCGCGAGGAUUCCAGGGGCAUUUUCCGCUCGCAACGCGAUCAAAGUCGUGAUUGCAUGCUGGUCCACAGCUGCACGAAGAGCAACGCCGGGGGUAUAUUUUAUUCUCCCCGUUGGCCCCGGGACGUCUUCGAUCUGCGGUCGCUGUUGAAGCCGAGCAUUCACGUUGUAAACCGCACUUGCCGCAACCUCGUAGUGAAUACGCAGUUGUAUCAUCGCUCCGUAAAUAGCUAUCGCAUGAGAACAUCGAGAGCCGGCAGCAUACCAUUUUAUCACGACCGUGAUAUCCUGAUAAGCUGCACGAAACGCACCGACCGUAACGAUUCGCAAGAUCCGCUCAUUUAUCAGAUGCGCCGAUUAAGGAACGACGAUAUCGGUGAACAACGGAGGAACAGGUCGAGCAGCUUGUUGCUACUAGAACCGUUGCUGCUAAUGCCGGAAUCGACAAAUACUCGACACCGAGAGGACCUUAAGAGUCAGAUAUCGCGGUCGGAACGCGUGAAAGUUAUCAGAAUAAUAAUGGCCUACGCACUAUCAUUUCUUACCCUCGCGAGCAUUACAUUUUACAUCGUUUAUUUUACCUAGAGAGGGCUUUUAUUGAAAUUGCGAAACGGUGGGAUAUUUAGGAAACUUAGUCGCAUUCGGAUGUCACGGGAUACAUUUAUUGUCAUUAAUUUUACGUUACAUUUGUUACGAAGUGUUGUCAAAUGUUCAACGGAACGAUCGAGAUGUGCAUGAUGAUUCAUAUUUCGUCAGUACAUGUAUACUUUGUGUCCGUUGCUAAUGGGGGUAACACGCCGAUCCAUUAAUGACAAGAAAUUAUUUAAUGGUAUACAAAUUGUUAACUAUCUUAAUCGUUAAAUCUGCAUCGCUAUGAGCAAAUUGUUCUUAAUUCUAUUAAAUUAUGCGUAACAGAUGUACAAUUUUAACAAGCUCGCAUAAUUUAUCAUAAUUUACCAUAAUCUAUUUUAUAUAUGCCUUUUAGGUCUAUAGAGCGAUAUAAUCGUUUCAUAAUACCCUCAUUGAAGUUUACUAAGAAACUGUUGUUCGAGACGCGUGCUUCAACUCUAUAAUCUCGAAAAUCAAAGGUUUAACCCCGUGUUGUUGUCUAUUAAUAUGUCAAAUAUUUAACAGUUCCUAUUACUAAUUUCACUCACGAUACUAGAAAUGCAGGAAUUGAUUUGUGACGUCUUAUUUAUAUAAAUACUCGUCGAUAGAUUCGUGCAAUAAAUAAAAACUGAUAGGCUUUAGUAUUUUUCGAGGAACAUAGUUACUAGAAUUGCGAAGUUUUCGGGUAAAUCACGUGGAUAUACAUCCUAAGUUGUAGAUAUAAAUCGCGUAAAACAUGUGGGAGAAAUAAUGAAUUUUGUAAUAAAACAAAUGAACUGUGACAAAA